UUUUCAGCUGGACUAUUUCAUUGAAAAUAUUCAAUCAUCACCAAAGGCUCUGAUUCUACAAUCAUUGAAUUAUUCUAUAAACUCUUUUUGGUUACUAAAAAUACGAUGAUACGGUGAAGUAAUUGAAUUUUGUACGAAAAAUAAGCUUCUUAAUUUGCAUUUCAUGUAGACCCAGAUGAUAACGAGGAAAAGAAGCAAGUCACCUUUAGAGAAGAGGAGUCAAAGCAGUCGCCUAUUGCGAUUUAACACAUUUGAAGUGAUUUUUCUCAAGUAAAAACUCUUUAAUUAAUUUUAUAGUGUAUUUUAGUGUCCAAAAUCCAAAAAAAUCAUGACGCGUCCGUUGUUUUUGCCGGAGAAUUCGAGGACAGUUCUUAUGACAGCAAAUGGAGUCGAUGAACUGCCCGAAAAAAGACCGCAAUUUGUUGCCUCUUUUGUCGGUACCCUAACCGCAGUAGGCGUCGGGAUGACCUGUUCCUGGUCCUCAUCCGCCAUUCCAGUGUUUCAAAGAGAAAUUGGAGUGACGACAUCGCAAGAGGCUUGGAUCGGUUCCAUUUUAGCCCUAGGUGGGUUCGCAGGUGCUUUCCCUACCGGUCCCUUGGCUCACUGGAUCGGCCGAAAGCGCACUUUACAGCUACUGAUGCUACCUCUGAUUGUUUCAUGGUUCCUAUUGGCAUAUUUUUAUCACAACUUAUCGAUAGUCUACCUGGGUCGAUUUAUGGCGGGCUUAUCAAUGGGCGGUGUAAGCGUUGCCGCCCCUCUUUAUGUGGCAGAAUUGGCACACAUUUCAAUUCGCGGCACGCUCGGUACCUUCUUCCAGGUGCAGAUUACUGUGGGACUUCUGAUGACUUACGUUUUCGGUGAUCUUCUUCCGGAUUUGAGAUCCCUUUCUCUGGUGUGUGCGGUAGUGCCAUUAGUUUUUCUCCUAAGCUCCGCUUUCAUACCAGAAUCCCCGGUAUACUUGUGCGAAAUAUCUCAAAUGCAUAAAGCCCAAAACAGCCUUAUAUGGUUCAGAGGUAGGGAUUACGACGUAGAAGAUGAACUUUUGAAAAUAACAGACGACAUUAAAGAGGCACGCCUCAACGAGGCAGGGUUGAGUGACCUCGUCAGCUGCAAAGCGACCAGAAAAGCGCUGAUUAUUAGUCUUGGUUUGAUGGCCUUCCAGCAGCUGAGCGGCAUCAACGCCGUCCUGUUCUACACCAACUCGAUUUUCGAAAAGAGCGGCGCCGCCCUGUCGCCCGGCCACUGCAGUAUCUUAGUCGGAACUGUUCAAGUCGUUGCUACGUUAGCAUCCACCGCCCUGAUUGACAAGUCCGGCCGCAAAAUCCUCCUGAUCUUAUCCGCAUCUAUAAUGUGCAUCUCACUCGCCGCCUUGGGUCUCUACACGCAUGCGGGCGUUACCUCUUACACUUGGGUUCCAUUGGUCAGCCUCGCUCUCUUUAUUAUCGCCUUCUCUCUCGGCUUCGGACCAAUCCCUUGGAUGUUAAUGAGCGAACUGUUCCCUCCAGCCGUCAAGGGCGUGGCCAGCUCCAUAGCUGCCGCUAGCAAUUGGCUGUUAGCGUUCGUGGUGACAAAUCAGUUUAACGGCGCAAAGGAAGCGCUCGGAUUAGGCCCGGCCUUUUUAAUCUUUAGUCUGAUUUGCGGCGUGGCGACUGGAUUUGUGAUUCUAUUGGUGCCUGAGACAAAAGGGCGGAGCGUGGAGCAGGUGCGAAGCUUGUUGGUGGGAGGUGGAGGUUUUGAGGAGGCGAAGGAAACGACUGAAAAGAUGACUACAAAUGUUUGAACUGAAUUACUCAUGGUGGUAAAAUGUAUAUAAAACAAUUGUUUAGCGGUAAUUUGGUAAUAAUAGAUCUGGAAAAGUGCAAAGAAAUAACCACAAAGCUAGUUUAAUGUAGGUAUAACUGAAUUUAUUUAAGGUAACAAAAUGUAAAUAAAAUCCUAGUUUAGCUUUA